AUCAUAUUUCCCGAGGGGAAUAUGAUUUAUCUUAGGUGAAUAAAUCUUCAUAUCUCUCGAACAUUCAUGCAAUAAAUUGUUUUUUAUACCGAAACAAAACAAGCAUUUGCAUUUGAGAUUGGAGUUCGCUCAUCUAUACAUUGUACAUGUAUGUAGCUGAGAUUGCCCUAACAGUAACACCGCACCGUCAACGUAUUAGAAGGUACAAACAGCGAAAUACAGUGAUAUGAUAACCAGUUUUUGUAAUUCCAUUCUCCUUGAAUGCUGAUUUACUUGCUUGUUUUUGUAUCAACCCAAACCAGGCGAUUUAACUGUGUAUCAGAGACCCACAUAUUUUGUGCCUUACGAACUAUGGAAGUAGAAUGACUAGACUUAUUGUGACAUCACAAUACACUUCGUCGUCUUUGAUGUUGAAUUUAUGGAAAAUGUACGAGGCUGCCCAAGGGAUAAAAUAUGAUAGGAGUUAUGUCUGAGAGGGAGAUAUGAAGUUUUGUCAUCCCAGGCACGUGACUGUCUAAACCAAUCAGAUUACGCGUUGCAUAGAAUUCUCAUACUGAGUGUGAUUCCAAUGGUAGUCCAUCACGAACUUUUCUGGACUCUGUUACAGCCCGAUUUGAACAACAAUUCUUGGAAAGGCAGAAGAAGUUAGAGAAAAAGAAAUGCCAGAGAGAAGUAGAACUAGCCCACAGUCAGUAUCUGAAGCAAAAUGUUGUGGAUUCUCAAGAAAUGGCACGUGCCAAAUUUGUAGUGGGAACAUGGUCACGAAAGCAUGGUGACGUAGAGAAGAAAUGGAUUACGAAGGACAAAAGAGAAAAACAGAGAAUUGAAGAUAGAUUUUCCCCCUAUGGCAAAAUAUCCAAUUCCAGAAAAAAGCCUUUCAGUCCUGUCCUACAAAAGAACAGGGCUGGUACAGUAUUAGGAAACAAGCAAGAAACAUUAGUCCCCUCUGCAAACACCGCUGUCCCAGUUAAUUCACUGGAUGAUCCCGCUGAGGAGGUGGUGAUGAUUGGGAAUGAUGAACUUCUAGUCUGUCCCGUUCUGUACUGUGAAGUUAGGUUCACUUCCAGAGAUCAGUUGCAGCAGCACAUGGAAGAUUUUGACCAUUCUCCCAUUAACCCUUGCUUGGAGAAUCCCAACGGAGCUCUGACAGUAACACAGGAGUAUGUCUGUACCAACUGCAGAGCAUGCUUCAGGAGCAGAAAAAACUGGGAGCAUCAUCAGAGAAUGGAGGGGCCUAGUUCUUCCUCUGUGGAAGGUUUCUGCUCCAGCCCCAAACUCCUGGCUGUAGCAGGGUAUCUUUGUCCCAAAACUCUCAGUGUCUUCUCUUCCUUCGAAAGUUGUGAAGCCAGCAUCCAAAAAGGAACCACAGGCAUCAUCAAAUUCCCAUUCAAAGAUGAUUUGGAAAGCCAGCAGUCCAUUAAGCCAUGCCCUGUGUCAAAGACCUUUAUUGAUGACUUCACAACAAGGUGCAAGUCAUGUCCAUAUAGUAUCUCCUGUAUAGACUGUGAGGUUGAGAUAUCUGAUAAUGCAAGUCUUCAGGAUCAUGUUUCUGUAACGGACCAAAGCCAUAUACUUACUGCAAGAUCAAAUUUGUCAAAGGAGGAAGUGUUUUCAGAGUACCUGACAGAACACAUCUCAAAUUUCACAGAGAUUCUAUCAAAGUAUGAAAAUGUGGACUCCAAGAUUGAGAGAGAUAAACAGGAAAUGGAGACUUUUUCUAACUUUGUAAAUGUUUUAUGCAGACUUUUGGAGUAGGGUGAAUGAAUCAAGUUGGCCCAAACUGAUUGUUCAAAGCCAUCAUCUGAAUGAGCCUAUGUGAAUUUUGUAUAUUUUAUACCUUCAUUAAACCUUCAGACCUAACAUUAAAACAUCAGACUCUUGU